AUGGCUGUGUGGCGAACACUUCCUCUCACCGUUCAUUGCAACAGAACGCAACACUCUCUCAAGCGUUUACUCCGAAUUAUGGAAUCAUCCCGAUCUCGAUGCUUCUCCACAUCUUUUCAAUUACGGACGGGUGCUUCUUCAUCACCAAAAGGAGAAGGACAGAAUAAUAAUACAAGCCAACAGCAACAACCAUCAGCCGCUUCCGCAAAAUCAAAAGAAGACCAAGAUUUGGAAUUUAUCAUCGAACAAGCAUAUAUUAAAAAGAAAGUAGAACAAGCAGCUAUGGGCGAACGAGUGAAAGGCGUUCUCGAACAAGCCAAAGCUAAACAACGAAGAAAGGCUCAUUUCAUUGUUUCUUUCGGGUUAAUUGCUGCUGUCGCUAUCAUUCUUUUCGUUAUUGCUGUUCAUCAACGAAAGAAUUCGGGAGUUCAAACAGAAACCACUCGAGAUCGUAAAUUUUAG